AUGCCACCAAGAGCACGUCGGCUGAAACAGUUUGACAAGAAAUGCUAUGAGGAGCAGCGCAACACAUAUAGCUCGACAAGAAAUGCUACAGGGAGCAGCUUGGCACAAAUAGCUCAACAAGAAUGCUAUGGGGAGCAGCUCGGCAAUAAAUGCUACGAGGAGCAGCUCGGUUCAAACAGUUUGGCAAGAAAUGCCACAAAGAAUAGCUCGAUAGAACAUUCUGAUGGUUCCCACAACACUGCUGAGAAAAACCCAGAAGGGGAAGCUCUUGCUGUUGGAGAUAACAAGCCACCUCGUGCAAUCUCUGUCUCCAUGUCAACUCAAGCAGACCCAGGAUCUUUAGAAAUGGCAAAGGAGGGAGUAGAUGGGUCUUCUUCGAGAAAAGUUCUUGAGGAUUGCUCAAGUAGCAUAGAAUCUGAAACUGCUUCUUCCAAGGCCAGCAUUUCAGACUCCGAACCUCAUUUGAAUGCAAAACCCGACUUUCAGUGGCCCAAAUUUUUCCGUGGAUUGAAAAAGGGUUCUGCAAAGCGCCUUCCAACAUUACCUCCUGUAGGUGUUCAAAACAAUGCUGAGAAAAACUUAGAAGGGGAAAGUCUUCCCGUUGGAGAUGAGACACCAUAUUCUGCAAUCUCAGACUCCAUGCCGACACAAGACUCAGGAUCUUUACACAAGGAAGAGAAGGGAGUAGAUGGGUCUUCUUCUCCAAGAGGAGAUCUUGAGCGCUCUUCAAGUAGCAUAGAAUCAGAAACAGCUUCUUUCAAGGCCAGCACUUCAGACUCUGAAGCUCAUUCGAAUUCAAAAGCUGAUUUUCAGUGGCCAGGGUUCUUCCGUGCAUUCAAAAAGGGUUCUGCAAAAAUCCUCCAUACCUUACCCCCUCUAAAUGUCCAGAGCACUGCUGAGAAAAACAAAGAGGCACUUCUUCCUGUUGGAGAUGGGAAGCCAUGUUUUGCAACCUCAGUCUCCAUGGACUCAGGGUCUUUAAAUAUGGCAGAGGAGGGAAUAGAUGGGUCUCUGUCUCCAAAGGAAGGACUUGAGGAAUGCUCAGGCAGCAUAGAAUCUGAAACAGCUUCUUCCAAGAUCACGAACUUGGACUCUGAAGCUUAUUCAGACUCAAAAUCUGAUUCUCAGUGCUCUGGACCCUUCCCUGUAUUGAAAAAGAGUUCUGCAAAGCGCCUUCAAUCCUUACCCCAUCUAAGUGUCCAUAACACAGCUGAGAUUAACCCAGAGGGGGAAAUUCUUCUAGUUGGAGAUGAAGAGUCAUGUUCUGCUAUCUCAGUCUCCUCGCCAACUCAAGGAUUUUUAGGCAUAGCAGAAGAGGGUAUAGAUGGGUCUCUGUCUCCAAAGGAAGGACUUGAGGAAUGCUCAGGCAGCAUAGAAUCUGGAACAGCUUCUUCCAAGAUCAUGAACUUGGACUCCGAAGCUUAUUCAGACUCAAAAUCUGAUUCUCAGUGCUCUGGGCCCUUCCCUGUAUUGAAAAAGAGUUCUGCAAAGCGCCUUCAAUCCUUACCCCAUCUAAGUGUCCAUAACACAGCUGAGAUAAACCCAGAGGGGGAAAUUCUUCUAGUUGGAGAUGAAGAGUCAUGUUCUGCUAUCUCAGUCUCCUCGCCAACUCAAGACUCAGGAUCUUUAGGCAUAGCAGAAGAGGGAAUAGAUGGGUCUUCUUCUCCAAAAGGAGGUCUUGAGGAUUGCUCGACUAGUGUAGAAUCUGAAAUAACUUCUUCCAAGGCCAACACUUCAAACUCUGAAGCUCAUUCAAACCCAAAAGCUGAUUUCCAGUGGCCCGGUUUCUUCCGUGUGUUGAAAAAGGGUUCUGGAAAGCGUCUUCAAAACUUACCACCCCUAAGUGUUCCCAGCACUGCUGAGAAAAACUCAGAAGGGGAAGUUCUUCCUGUUGGAGAUGAUGAUGAACAAUCAUGUCCUGCAAUCUCAGUCUCCAUGUCAACUAAAGAGUCGGGAUCUUUAGAUAUAGCAGAAGAGGGAAUAGAUGGGCUUUCUUCUCCUAGAGGAGUUCUUGAGGAUUGCUCAAGCAGUGUAGAAUCUGAAACAGCUUCUUCCAAGGCCAGCACUUCAGACUCUGAAGCACAGUUUAUCACAAAACCUGAUUUUCAUUGGCCUGGGUUCAUUCGUGCAUUUAGAAAAGGUUCUGGUAAUCACUUUCAGACAUUACCCCCUGUAAGUGUCCCCAAAUUUCCACGAAGAAGGAAAAAUAAAAGCAUGGGAGAGAAUGAGGAACCAACAUCUGCUCCCCCUUUAGAUACUGAAUUAUAUCGUUUCAAGUCUUCCUGGAAGAACUUCAGCCUCCCUGAGCUUGAAUCUGCAACCAAUGAUUUUAGCUCUGAGAAUUUGAUUGGAGAGGGAGGUUAUGCUGAAGUUUACAAGGGAAUUCUGCAAGAUGGGCAGCAUGUAGCAAUUAAACGGUUGACUAGAGGAACCCCAGAGGAGAUGACUGCAGACUUCUUAUCAGAGCUUGGGAUUAUAGUGCACGUUGACCAUCCCAAUACUGCCAAACUGAUUGGUUAUGGGGUUGAAGGAGGGAUGCACCUUGUUCUUCAAUUAUCUCACAAUGGGAGCUUAGCAUCUUUGCUUCAAGGCUCAAAGGAGAAACUGGACUGGGGCAUCAGAUACAAGAUUUCUUUAGGGGCUGCGGAGGGUCUUCUGUAUCUUCAUGAGGGGUGUCAAAGGAGAAUUAUCCAUAGGGACAUCAAGGCUUCUAAUGUUCUGAUUGCAGAGGACUUUGUACCCCAGAUUAGUGAUUUUGGGCUUGCGAAGUGGCUACCAAACCAAUGCACUCAUCUCACUGUAUCCAAAAUUGAAGGCACAUUUGGCUACCUGCCACCCGAGUUCUUCAUGCAUGGCAUAGUAGAUGAAAAAACUGAUGUCUUUGCUUUCGGGGUGUUACUGUUGGAGCUGAUCACCGGACGCCUAGCUGUGGAUAAUUCACAGCAGAGUCUUGUAAUGUGGGCCAAACCUUUGAUUGACAAGAACAAUAUCAGGGAGCUUGUUGAUCCAUAUCUUGCUGAUGCAUAUGACUUGGAACAGAUGAACUGCCUGGUCUUGACGGCCUCUUUGUGCAUAAGUCACUGUCCUACUGAACGGCCUCAAAUGAACCAGGUUGUUCAGUUUCUAAGAGGAGAUGAAGGCAGUUUGGAGCUUGCUAAACAAUUGCAAAUGUCUGGCCUUCAAAGGAGGUAUUCCAUGGAGCUCUUUGCAGAGGAUUUCAGCUCAGCUAAUUAUUUAAACGAUGUAAAUCAACAGACAGAGAUUGCUUUGGGGCUCUGAAUUCUUCACCAAACCAUGUUUGAGAAGAAAUGGUUUUUGGUAGGCUUUGGGAACUUUAUUUCAUUUUUUUUUCCCCUAAAGUAGGGGGUUGUAGGUCCUGUUUGCAAAACCAAAACCAAGUUAUGUCAUUGAAUACCCAGAGUUGAAAUGGGCAAACACUGGAAGAGGGAAAGGAGAACAGAAGCUAGCUGAAGUACAAUGCAGAGCAACCCUUUUACGCUUUCUUCUUUGGCAACUUGCAUACGUGAUGAGUUCAUUCAAACUGCGGAUGGAGAGACGACAAGAGCUAGGGUGCAAUAUGGAAUCACAUUAACAGAAGCUCAUUCCCGAGGAGGAUAAUUUGCACUUUUAUGAUUCGCAUUUCCGUUUCUAACAUCUAGAAAUGGGCAUAGAAAUCAAAAUGCAAAAUAUGUAUAAACAUUCUGUUGUUUUUGAGCUUGGUUAUCUUUCCACUUCUCAACUAAGGAGAAAAAAGAGCAAGAUGAAAGAGAAAAAAAGACAUUCCAAGUUCUCUUCUGUUUUUCCAGGGUACCUCUACAAGUUAAAAUCUAACACAAGUGAAUUCAGCAUUGCUCAAGUUUGGUUGUAGCUUCUGCUAGCCCUGCAGACUUGCAGUGCCCAAAGUAAAUAUGAAAGAGUUGUGGGAAUCGACUCAAACCCUUCUCCAUUGUUUGCUGAGAUCAACUUUGGGUUUGCUUAGGGCCAGUUUGGCUGCAGAAGUAGCUCAUGAACAGUGUUGGUGUAGAGAAAAAACAUAAGUGCAUUGUGAUACAUGCAUUGUAACACAUUCUUUAAUUUGGCUUCAUUCAGAGGGCAUGUGAUUAGAGCCCAAGGUUUUUAUGUUA